AUGUCGCAUAUGCAAGGGGAUGACGAGGAGGACUACUAUCUCCCGCUCCACGACCAGCGCGUCUUCGGCGCCGGUGUCCGUCGCAAACGAGUACCCUUCGUGCGGUCCUCCGAUCAUGAGCUCAGUACGAUCAAGCCGGCAGAACGUCCAUCGUCUACCCCGGCCGGUCUCAGCAUCGCAGAUAGAUAUCUAUCUAUCGUGCUCAAAAAGGAUUCUUCAGACACAUCAUCAGCCGCACUGACAGAUCAAGCCGCCGCUGGUUCCGUGCGCGCAGUCCAUUCUGCGCCACCCGACAGACAACUCAUACCCACUUCAAUAGUCCAGCCCAUACCUCCGUCUCAACCUUCGCCGGCCAAUUACUGCGAAAUUUGCAAUCUCCCACUCUCCUCAGAAGCCCCGCAAGAAGAUAUGCCCGGCACGUUCUUGACCCGACCCCACGAGGCCUCGCUAGCUCAUCAAGUCUGUCUCGAACAUUCACAUCCACCCUCGCAUCUCGAUCGCACCCGUCCGGGACUCCGCUAUCUUUCCAACUAUGGCUGGGAUCCGGAUAGUCGUCUUGGCUUGGGAGCUACUGGACGGGAGGGAAUCCGAGAACCGCUCAAAGGACGGAUUAAACAAGAUACCGCGGGAUUGGGCGCAGGGCUGGAUGCAGAUGGAGAUCGGAUUCCAGCACAACCUCCUCGACCGAAGAAAGUUGAAAAGCUGAAUGCAAAGCAGGCUCGGAAGGGCGCUGCCGAGGCCCGUCGGAGAGGUGAGAAAUUGCGAAAUAUGUUCUUCCAGAGCGACGAAGUGCUCAAGUAUCUGGGAGAGGAUGUUUGA